AUGGCCACCGAUGCCGCGCCUCUGAAUGCGGGGCCGUUCGACGAUGCCCCCGACUCGCCCGACACACGAACAUUCGACAGAGACGAAGCCGAUACCUGCCGCAUUUGCCGUGGAGAAGGCACUGCCGAAGAGCCUCUCUUCUUUCCCUGCAAAUGCAGCGGCAGCAUACGAUAUGUCCACCAGGAGUGUCUGAUGGAGUGGCUCUCGCACACGCAGAAGAAGCACUGCGAGCUGUGCAAGACGUCCUUUCGCUUCACCAAGUUAUACCACCCAAACAUGCCCAACCGCAUACCUACGACCGUCUUCAUCCACCGCGCCACCCUCCAUGUCUUUAACAUGUUUGUCACCUGGUGUCGCGGUCUCCUCGUGGGCACCGUGUGGCUGUUUCUGCUUCCCUGGUGCAUGCGCGUAGUCUGGCGCAGCCUCUUCUGGGUCGGCGAUGGCGGCUGGUCGCGAGAAAUGUUCAUAGACACGACCGAGACACCGGACAUGCGCCGAUUCUCCCCCAGUGAACUAAGCACGAUCCGGGCUGCAGUUGAAAAUGCCAAGACCACGAACAAUGCCAGCUCCCUAGCAUCCGUGUCCCUCACACCCAACAACCAAACCACUCCCCAGUCCAAGCUCUGGAGGUUUGCCGAACGCCUCUUUAUUGGCGCUCCGUAUCCGUUCCUUCAGCUGCCCCAAAGUGACCAAUCAAGCCUCCUGUCCGUCUCUGACAAGAAUAUUACGGCAUCGAAUAUUACGUCAAGUCCUCUCGGUGUCCGUAGCCCUUCGUUACUCUCCGACGUACCUUUCUUCAAUUGGUUCCAAUCCCAAUCAGCCAACCGCUUUAUCAUCGAUGUAAUUGAAGGUCAAAUCAUCACUUUGCUUGUAGUGGUUGCGUUCAUCUUGGUAUUUCUCAUUCGAGAAUGGGUUGUCCAGCAGCAACCGGUAAUCAACAUGGUUGCCCUUGGCGAUAAUGCUGCUGCACAACAGGGCGCAAUCUUUGACGACGAUGCCCAUGUUGAGGACGUCGCGGUUGAUGAAGAUGAGCUGGACGAUGCUCUAGACGCUCUGCAUGCCGAGGUCGCUCAAGACGCUCACGAGCUGCAUGACCAUGAUGAAGACGAGCCAGUACGCGAAGGUUUGUCAGAUGACGUUCGAGCAAUCUUGCAAUCGGAAUCGGCCAACGGCCUUGCCGAUAUCUUCAACCAGGAUGAUGCGACUGCUCAAAAUCUUCAAGAGUCUCUUCGCCAAGCGAUGAGUGCUGGAGAGUCUGCCAAUCAGGCUGAAGAUGAUGCUGAAGAAGAAGAAGCCAGUAGCUCAACCUUUCCCGCACGCACUUCCUCACUUCCUCUGCCCUCGAGCUCCACACCAGAUGCAGCAGAUUCUGAUUCGUCUGCAUCCUGGUCAAGGCCAAAUAUGCCAGCACGCGACCGCUCGUUCAUUGCUACAGAGAUUCGUCGCAGCCUAGAAGAGGCCAACACUUGGUCGUUCGAGAAUCUGCCACAAGCGUCGCAACCGGCCACUGGUGAUGCGAAUGAGGUACCCAGUUCUUGGGAAAAUGGCACUGGAGGCCGGCAACCAGUUCAAGAGCGUGGGAGUGUAUCAGAUCACGAGCAGCAUAGUGACCAUAGUAGCGGAAGCUGGCAACAGGUUCCUGAUGUUGUGGGGGGUGACUCUGACCAAGCGCUGGAAAGAGGGCACACACACGACAAGGGGAAAGCCAAAGCUGUUGACUAUGGUGACGAAGAAGCAUCGAAUGAAGACACAUCACAUGAAUCCGCUUCGUCGUCUGAAAGCACUACCGCUGAUUCGGACAACGGGGUGACGGUGAAUACCACGAUUGAAGUAGAGUUUGAUGCCAGCCACCCCGCGCACAACUUGACCGCAGACGAAGAAACAGAAGCUGAGGAGGACGAGGAACAUGAAGACGAGACCCCUGCACCUGUAAACCCUCUCCAGCCCGCAGACCCUCAAGCCCCAGGAAACCCGGUAAACCGCGUAUUAGACUGGAUGUUUGGAGAUGUGGCGCCUGCAGCUCAGACAGCUGAUGAGGGGGGUAAUGAGGAGCACAUUGUUCGUGACUUGGCAGAUGAGGCGCCGUUUGUCCCAUUCAUGGGCAACGAGGCGCGAGACCAUGGCAAUGCCCCUGCACAGGAUGCUGAGGUAGCUGCUGCCGCUGCGCAGGCUGGUAUCGAUGUCAAUGACCAGGAAGCGAUUGAAGAUGCAGAGGACUUGGAGGGCAUACUUGAACUCAUUGGGAUGCAAGGACCCUUGGUUGGUCUUUUCCAGAACGCCUUGUUCAGCGCAGUGCUGAUUUCUGCAACACUGGCCUGUGCAGUUUGGCUCCCUUACCUUUGGGGCAAGGUUGUCAUUCUCUUCAUGGGAAGUCCUGUCUCGCUCUUCAUCAAGCUGCCUCUACAAGUAGUCGCCACCAUCACAGACUUGAUUGUUGAUGUCACUCUAUUUGUCGUGGCUGGCGCAACAUAUUGGAGCUCUGCUGCCAUAUCUGGUCUGGUCAAGCUCUUUUCCUGGGGCAAACUUUCAGAAGCGGUCGAGGGCCCACUUCGCACAAUAUCAGCGCCUGCCUAUUCUCUUGCAGAGAGCUCCAUGGUUCGUAUCAGCAAAAUGUUCAUGGAGUCGCCUCUGUCGCCUGGACCCGACUCCUUCCGACUCUCAGUAAAUGCCCAUGCUUCUUUGCGAAGCCUGCAAAAUACGACUUCGUUCGCGCUCAACGAGACCAGUCAUUUCGCAAACGCAAUCAUUGAAGAGAUUUCAGCAGACUCGCUACCCAAGCUUGUGUUGAGGGUUGCCGGAUACUUGCCAUCUCUCGUCACAAACACCUUUACAUCUGCAUAUGGACGAGGCGGCGCCUUGUUGUCAUGGCUAUGGGCUUCCAAAUCAUACAAGAUUACCCUUGAUCUGGAUUCGACUCCGAACACGACUUCCGCGUAUACCGCAAUGGACUACUGGACAGCCAGCGAUCGCCUGAUUGCCAUUCUUGCUGGCUAUGGGUUCUUCGCCUUGGCUGGUGGCGUGUACCUCAAGCGCGGUACUCCCUUUAGCUCAUCACAGCAAGGACAGAAAAUCGAACGCAUCAUUUCCGACAUUCUACAACAAGCCGGUGGUGUGCUCAAGGUAAUCUUGAUCAUCAGCAUCGAGAUGUUGGUAUUCCCACUGUACUGCGGCCUGCUCCUCGACCUUGCCAUGCUCCCUCUUUUCAAGAAUGCUACGCUGUACACACGGUGGCAAUUUGCUAGAGAAAGUCCAUGGACAUCUGGGUUUGUGCAUUGGUUCAUUGGCACUUGCUACAUGUUCCACUUUGCACUCUUCGUCUCCAUGUGCCGUAAGAUUAUGCGCAAGGGUGUCCUGUACUUCAUCCGCGAUCCAGAUGAUCCUACAUUCCACCCGGUCCGUGACGUUCUAGAGCGCAGUGUCACGACUCAGCUUCGCAAGAUUGCCUUCAGUGCUUUGGUCUACGGCGCACUGGUCAUUGUUUGUCUUGGAGGAGUGGUUUGGACUCUGAGCCGGGCAACUUCCAAUGUUCUGCCAAUUCAUUGGACAACCGAAGCACCAUCGCUAGAAUUCCCGCUUGACCUCCUCUUUUACAACUUCCUCACGCCAGUUAUUGUCAAGUUUUACAAGCCUAGCGAGGGCCUACACGCCAUCUACAAGUGGUGUUUCCAGAAGUGCGCCGGUUUCCUCCGCCUUUCAAACUUCCUCUUCGGCGACAAGGUUCCGGAGCAGGAAGGCGAGGACGGCAGAUAUGUUCGUGCUCCAUCUUCAGAUCAAGCCCGCAUUCCUAAGGGCCAGCCUGUCUUUGUCGAAGUGGACCGAAACAAUGUGCGCAAGGAUGGCCAGAACGAAGGAGGUGUGCACAACUCUGAUCUUGUAUCCAUGGUUUUCAUACCACCAUGGUUCCGCCUGCGCAUCUUCUGCUUCGUAGUCACAAUCUGGAUCUUCAUGGGUCUGUCGGGAGUCAGCGUCACCAUCCUACCUCUCCUCUUCGGCCGCUAUCUCUUCUCACUCUUCCUCCCCCCAACUGUUGAAAUGAACGACAUCCAUGCCUUCUCCCUCGGAGUCUACACCAUUGCCAGCAUCGCCUACUCGGGAUAUCACGCUACCAAAUUCAUUUCUUCCCUCAACAGACGUCUCCCAGACCCCAUGUCUACCUUGCACACUGUCGCAGCUACUACAGCGCGUGUGGGUGGUCGUGCCCUCCGCUUCUCAUACGUCUGGGCCAGCAUCAUCUUCGCCAUCCCCUUUUUAUUCGCCGUCAUCCUCGAACUCUACUUCCUCAUGCCCCUCCACGCCUACCUCGGUCCCAAAGAACCUCACGUAGUCCACCUCAUUCAAGACUGGACCCUCGGGUUCUUGUACUCGCGUCUCGCCGCCAGACUCAUCUUCUCAAAUCGCAAUUCCCGUCCUGCCCGCGCUUUUGCCGCCGUCGUGCGUGACGGGUAUCUAUAUCCUAACGCGAGAAUUGCGACUAGGUGCUUUGUUUUCCCUGUUCUCGCCAUCUUCCUCGUUGCUAUCGCUAUACCAUCUAGUCUGGCGUUCUUCGCGACAAGAGUACUGUACCGUGGGGCGAGUGAGGCGACGAAAAAUCAGGUUUGGCGCUUUAGUUUCCCUGCUGUGGGCCUUAGUAUCGUGCUCAUGUGGGCUUCGUCGGCCGUUGUGAGGUUGCUUGUUCGCUGGAGGCUGGUUGUCCGCGAUGAGGUUUAUCUUAUCGGAGAGCGGUUGCAUAAUUUUGGCGAGAGGAGGGCGCCCGUUCAGGGGGUGCGGGAUAAUGCAAGGAGUGGUGAAGAGGCGGUGGUGGGAGCGUGAGAAUGUAGAUGGAGGAUGGAGGUGGGGAAUUAUAGUUUUAACAUGAUCUCUUUUUUUGGUAGCAUUCUUAAUACCACUCUCGCAUUGUA